UGCCGCCGCCCCACGCAGCCCCGUGCCACCCGCGCAGCCCCACAGCCCCCUGCCGCCGCCCCGCGCAGCCCCGCGCAGCCCCGUGCCACCCGCGCAGCCCCACAGCCCCCUGCCGCCACCCCGCGCAGCCCCACGCAGCCCCGUGCCACCCGCGCAGCCCCACAGCCCCCUGCCGCCACCCCGCGCAGCCCCACGCAGCCCCGCGCAGCCCCGUGCCACCCGCGCAGCCCCACAGCCCCCUGCCACCACCCCACGCCGCCCCGCGCAGCCCCGUGCCACCCGCGCAGCCCCACAGCCCCCUGCCGCCGCCCCGCGCAGCCCCGUGCCACCCGCGCAGCCCCGCAGCCCCCUGCCGCCGCCCCACGCAGCCCCACGCAGCCCCGUGCCACCCGCGCAGCCCCACAGCCCCAUGCCGCCGCCCCACGCCGCCGCCCCACGCCGCCCUGCGCAGCCCUGUGCCACCCGCGCAGCCCCACAGCCCCCUGCUGCCACCCCACGCAGCCCCGCGCAGCCCCAUGCAGCCCUGUGCCACCCGCGCAGCCCCACAGCCCCCUGCCGCCGCCCCGCGCAGCCCCGUGCCACCCGCGCAGCCCCACAGCCCCAUGCCACCGCCCCACGCAGCCCCACGCUGCCACCCCGCGCAGCCCCACAGACCCCUGCUGCCGCCCCACGCAGCCCCGCGCAGCCCCGUGCCACCCGCGCAGCCCCACAGCCCCCUGCCGCCGCCCCGCGCAGCCCCGCGCAGCCCCGUGCCACCCGCGCAGCCCCACAGCCCCAUGCCACCGCCCCACGCAGCCCCACGCUGCCACCCCGCGCAGCCCCACAGACCCCUGCUGCCGCCCCACGCCACCUGUGCAGCCCCGCGCAGCCCCACGCCGCCCCGCACAGCCCCACGCCACCCUGCGCCACCCGCGCAGCCCCGCGCCACCCGCUCUCGCUCUCUUGCAGGGAGAACGUGCUGCGGAACCUGGCCGACAAGGCCUUCGACCGGCCCAUCUGCGAGGCCCUCCUAAACCAGAAAUACUUCAACGGAAUCGGCAACUACCUCCGCGCCGAGAUCCUCUACAGGCUGAAGAUCCCCCCUUUUGAAAAGGCUCGGACUGUGCUGGAGGCCCUGAAGCACCGGGAGCAGGAUCCUUCUCUGACACUGAGCAAGAAGCUGAAGCUGAAGCGGGACAACCCGGAUCUCCUGGAGCUGUGCCACACGGUGCCCAUGGAGGUUGUUAAAAUGGGAGGAAAGGGCUAUGACCCAGAGCACUCAGAUGACUCCACAGCUUUCAAGAACUGGCUGCAGUGUUACGCUGUACCUGGCAUGUGCUCUCUGCGUGACAGCAAUGGCAGGACCAUCUGGUUCCAGGGAGAGCCCGGUCCCAUGGUUCCAAAAGGAGCGAAGACCCGCAAGAAGCGCGCCGCGCUGAAGGCGGAUCCCGAGGCCGUGUCCCCCGAGGUCACCACACGUGCCUCGAAACGACGGCCCAGGGGAGCUGGGGCCCCCCCAAAGCCAACCGAGGAGGAGGAGAAGGUGGUAGCUGAUGAGGCAGGGCAGGGACGUGGCCGCAGGAGGAAGAAAGCGGCUGCUGCUCCAGCUUCGUCUGACCCUGAGGCGCCAGUGAAAGUGAAAAGAAGCCGGGCGUCUGCACGGAGGGGCUCAGGAAUGGCCCUGUGUGCAUGUUUGUGCCAAGGGUACCCACCCCCCCCCCGCCCCGGCCAACACGCGCGCACACCCCUCCCAGUGCUCUGCAUCUCCCCUGAGGGGCCAGAGCAGCCUGCCCUCCACCCCCCACCCUCGGAGUGGGAGCCUGAUGCAGUCGACACUAAGCAAACAGCAGCUGCAGUGGAGCCCCUGGGAUAAGGUGGGUCAGUGCAGGCAUCUGGAACUAAGGUAAGAGAACAGGCUCGAUCCUGUUUGUAUAAUUCUCUUGUUUAUUUAUGCCUCCUCUGAAAGGCCAGAGGGAGGAAAUUCGGGGGAGGCAGAAGGCAAACGACUCUAGUGUACUUUGCUAUUUGUGAGCCUUUUGCAGCUUGUUGCUGCGUGGUGUGGAGCCCACAGCACAUACAUAACGCUGCUGACCACAAGCAGAGAGCGGGGGGGAGCACAGCUGGUGGAGCCGGGGCCUGAUGGGGCUGGUCUGUGCUCAGGAUGGCUGCUGCGCAGUGGCAGGGGUGGAUCCAGGCUGGUCCUGUGGCCCUCGUGGCUGCAGCGCACCCGCCUAAGGCGCUGCUGGUACCUGCACAGGCGGCACUGGGGAAAGCUGCUGUGCUCCAAGUGCCAGUUAGAGCUGGCUGCCCCUGCGCCAACAGGCCAAGCGCGCAGCGCAGGAGCCCUACGGCGCUUUCCUGCUCAAGCAGGCAGCAACCUUACUGCUCGUUCCCAAAGAACGUGGCUGUUAGCUGCUGUCAACUGUUGCACUCUGAUGGCCACUAACAGGGAGGAGCAAGGGGGAGUUUGCCCUCCUCUGGAACCACCCCCGCUCCCUCUGCAUGUCUCUUGGGGCAGCGUCGUUACUGGACUGGGGUAAGUGGAAACGCCUCAUUCUUACUGUUCCUCCCUGCUCCACAGCAAGAGGGCACUGGUGGCUGGGCUCAGGACUGAGAGGAAAGGUGGCACCUCCAGCAGGUUAACUGCGAGCGGUGGCAGGGAAGCCCCAGGCUGUGGUCUGAGCGCUCAGUGUUAGCCCAGGUUGCAGCGUCACCAGUGAGGGUGGCCACCGUCACAGCCUCAAGACCAAGAGGACAGAGAGCACUUGGAAUGGCGUGAAGGAAAGCCUCAGGCCCUGCUGCUCCAGGGGGAGGCAGCUCCUCACGUCCGGCCGUUCCAGGAGGUCGCAGCUAGGGAAGGAAGCAGCUUGUGAAGCUAAAGCGAUGCCUCUCCCCUGCCUGCCCGUCCCUCCAACGCAGACUUACAGCAUCGCCUCUUUAACCGGGAGGGAGGUCUGCAGCCAGGUCUCGACAGUGCUGCCGUGCGCCUCGUACAGUCGGACCACCACAGCUUCGAGUCUGUCCUCAGCCUUCAGGGAUGGAGCAGAAGGAAGUUUGCGCAAAAGGACAGGAGCAUCCUACCCUACAUCUCUGGGUCUAGCCAGACCCACGCGCCUGUGGCUGAGCUGCACACACGUUCCUGAGCUGCCUGGUGAGCAGUGCUAUGCGACUGGGGCAACGGGGGCUGCAGCGCCGCAUACAGCGACAGAUGCCGCACUGAUCAGCCGUGAGCGCCUGCCCAGGCGGCAGAGGCACGCUAGCCCCCUCUUGUCCUCACGCAACAGGAGACGACACGCAAACCCGAUUCCAUGAAGGAUCGCUACCUCCGCUCAGCCCAGCUCGGUGGCCACCCAGUGCAGGGGAGAGCAGCCCACGCCUGCCUGGGUUACAUGGGCUAGAAGAUGGGUAGAAGAGGCAACAGCUUAACUUUGAGCACCAAGCACCUGCAGCAGCAGUCUUUUUGCUACAGUGUGUGAAAGAGACAACAGUUAACCCUAAGUGCCAGAAGAAGACUUGAUGUGGAAUCUGGUUUUCACUGUGUUGGAGCUUUUCUGCUGCUACUUACAGGGCUUGCCACACUGCUGUCUUUCACUGGACUGGCCAAAGAUCCCCACCUCAGCCUCCCCCUUUCUGCCCUGGGCACUCACCUGCUUGACAGUCUCCAGUACAACUGCAGGUGAGCUCACAGAAAAGGCGCUCCAGGCUGAGCACUGGGCAGAGCUGCCUGGGACCGUGUGGAGAGGGAAAUUCAAGUUGUAGGCGCAUUGAAUCACACCAGCAUCCUGGAAGGAACCUGCAAUAUGAGAACAAUUAGCCAACCUCUAUCCCAGCGUAUCCAGAGAUGCUGCACCCUGUGCUCACCCCGAGGGUCGCCGGGGUGUCCUCCACCUUGUGUUUCCUGCCAGGGUCCAGCUUAGCCCAACACUCACCCUGGUGAGGCAUCACAGCAUAGGUGAACUGGUGGUGUGCAAUAUCUGCUGUGGCAUCAGGAGACUUGGGUGCUCUCAGCCUAAGAUGAGAGGUGAGUGAGCUGCAGCCUCUGAACUUGCCAUUACCCCUCCAUCACCCAUCUGGUAUCAGACAAGCACUGUGACAAGUCAGCUGUCUCCCUCUGCUCUGAGACUGGGCCCUGCCUUCGACACCAAUGUGUCUCUGGGUUCUGGCAGCAGGAACAGACCCUGGACCAGGUAUCCCAGAUGUUAAAAAUGACCUCUGAAGGGUGAUCUCCUAUGAAACUUGUAGCUGAUGGACUCAAAACUGAAGUACGUGAUGUUUCUCUUAGCUUUGCAUGAAUUCAUAACAUUGCCAUUCCUGCCAUCUCCUUGUGUCUUCCCUCCUGGGGUGUGUAUUUCCCAGCAACAGAGGAAUUUAUAUGGUUCAAAUAUUCAUCUGAUCUCUCCUUUCUUGAAUGAUCUAAGCAUAACUCAUGGGUGAGACUUAUCUUAAUCACUUAAGUUAGCCAGAAGUUCUUAGGAGACAACCAGCCAGCUUGACUAAUACUAGAAUAUUUAUUCCCUUAUUAACUAUGAUCAUUUAGCAUCAGGCACUACUUUGACUUCAAAGAGACACUUUAGAGGCCAAAGCAACAGCUGCAGCUCCACCCUCGCCCCAAAUGUACUCACAGCGAGAGGCUGAGGAUGUUCCUGUGGGCUGAUGCACCGUAUUUGCUGUCGUUCAGCAAUGCCACCCCGAAGCCGUGCUCGGAGAGAUCCAGCCACUUGUGAGCCCACACCUGCAGGAGGUACCAAAGGAAGUACUUGCAACCCGAGGACAUCAGGCAUCCGCCUGGGAACAAAUGCAGCUCCAUGUACAGAGAUUGGCUGUCCCGUCAUUGGAGGGAAAAGAGCUGCUGCUGUGUCCCCAAGUGCUCCAGACAGGAGAACGAGCCUGGCCCGGGGCCCAGACCACCUUCCCUCUCACCUCGAAUCGGGCCCAGUCCCACGAUGUGUUCCAGUGAGUCGGCCGCUGCAGGUGCCCAAACUGGAUCUCGUAGGUGGCGUUUGUGCUCCGGACCCGCACAGGGAACUCCACCUUCAGGAACUUGUGAGCCUCCUUCCAGUCAACCUAAAAGCGGGAGCAGAACAGCAUCAUCGCAGAGGGCUGACAAGCAGAAGCUGCACUCCUGUCAGCUCCCACUCAGGCUGGACCAGGUACAACACAAGAGCACUCAAGUCCAAGCCCAGCUAGCUGCACUAAUGGGUCUCUCCUCUGCUCUUCUAUCUCAGGGCCAGGAGGGUACAGCUGCUCCUCUGCUAGCCAAGGAGCCUGGCACAUUUCCUGGAUCAUUAUCCUAGCUGCAGGGCCCCCAUCCUUGGGCUGCCUUUCCCUGAUGUGGGGGAAGACAGGCAGUGGGCUCCAAGGGAGGAAUCAGGAGGGAGAUGUCAUUCACAAGCAAGGUUUGGUUCCCCAGGGCUCCUCCUGCGCAGCACAGAGGUCUGUAUCACACAGUGACAAGCCAAACCUGGGUCAGGAAUCGGAUGUAUGGGCACAUGGUGUCCAGGAUGAUCUCCUGGGUUAAGGUACUCCUUUCCCCAAUCCGCAGAGAGAAGCUUGCACUUCCCCGCAGCCCUCCAGCGUGAGUGAUUUCCAGAGGCUUUAGCAGAGUUGUGACCGGUUUUCUAGAGAAAGAGGGUAAAGGCAGAGCUGGACUACAAGCCUGGUAGCUCUAGGGUUCCCAAAUCCCAGUCCAGCCCCAUAGACAGCAGGCAUUCACUGCCCCAGAGUGACUGCACAGAGCCUCCUGUGACAUGCAGGAGCGGCUGUAACGUUUUGUUACAGUUGGGCUUGACAGAGAGGGAAACAAAACCUCAAAGAUAAGAUCUGAGCACUGCAUGCACUACUCUCUACCUGGUUUCCAGGUGAUAAUCCAUCACAUCCCACGCAUCCCAGUACAGAGGAAUGUCAUCAAAGAGAGCAAACUGGUUGGCACAGCAUCCAUCUGGAACUGAUUCUCUGGAGUAAAGUGGAACACAGGAACAGCAGCAUAACAAGAACUGAGUUGAGGAGAGAAGGGCAGAAGUAGAGUGGAGAAAGUUCUGGUUCAGCCCCAGUACCUUUGGGGAGCCUCAGUUCCAGAAACGGGGCGAGAGACAUACCUCUCAGAGCGUGCCAGUCGAAGCGAGGUCAGGCGUCCCAUCGUGUCCAGGCAGACUGCAAUCACUCCGUUCUCCAUGGUAAUGGAGCCAUCCUCCUGAGCGGAGAGGGCCGAAUGAUUUCACAGAUCCAAACCUGCAGGAGCUGGACUCUCUCUGAAAUGCCCCUUUUGCAAAGCAAGUACACUGGCUUGCUGUGUGCCAGCUUCCCCAGGCACCCCCCCCCCCAGCAAAGCAUCUGAUGUGGGGCGCAUCAACCCAAUGAAACUGCACUUGUGCUUACCUGUUUCAUCACCAACACAGGCUGAGGGGGCAGCAAGGGCUCCCUGGCUAUAGCAUAGCCCAUGCUGGGGGCUGUCAUCAGAGCUGGAAAGGAAAGAGGACCUGUUCCACCAUCUUCCCCAGAUACAUCCCUAUCUCACACUAGGCUGCCCUCCUGCUCUCAAGUCAGACUUAUCACCUCCCUUCACAUCCUCCACUUCUGUAGCCAUAAUUCAGGGACAAAGUCAGCACGAUCAGGCCCCAAGGAGCAAUUUGCCAAAGCAGUGAAUCCUCUUCACAGCAGGGAGAGGCAGAACAUAUCUGUCUCUAUCUUCUAAUGCAGAGGUAACCCCAAAUUAGGCAUACCUAAAGUCUCUGCUCCAGCUGGCCCAGUCUUGGAGACAACUUCAGUCCGGUCCCAGGCCAAAGUGUUCAACACAAGGGUGCACUCAGUGGUCUCUGACUUGGGCUGCAGCAGUUCCCCACAUAAGGACUGUACAGCCUCCUCCUGGAGCUGGGCACCAGCCCUGCGGA